ACCAAAUAUUCUUCACUGCGUCCAAGCUCCAAAGCCAGAGCAUCAAUUUUAAGUAUCACCACAUUCAAUCCAUAGCAAUCAUGGCACCACCAGCAACACAAUUCGAGCUUGCGCAACCACCCAACGAUGCCAUUUCGGCUCUUGCCUUCGCACCCGACGCACCGUCGCGGUUACUAGUCUCCUCCUGGGACAAAAACAUCUACCUCUAUGAUACCCUUCAGAACAGCGGCGAUGGCAGCCAUGGAGUUCUACUACAGACAUAUGAGAACCGCGCCCCGGUGAUGGAUGUAUGCUUCGGCGCGGAUGGAAACGAGGCUUUCAGUGCCGGUAUGGAUUGGCAAGUCCGGCGCAUCGAUCUCGAGACCGGCGAACAGACGACUCUAAGCAAGCACGCCGCGCCGGUAAGGAGAGUCGUAUACAGCCGAGAGCAUUCUCUCCUCAUCUCCGCGUCCUGGGACAGCACCCUCCAUAUCCAUAACCCAACAAACCUCUCUCUCACCCCCCUCGCCAUUCCCCUCCCAGGCAAACCCCACGCCCUAGCCGCGAGUCCCUCAAAAGUAAUCGUAGCCAUGACCUCGCGGCUCGUGCACAUCUACGACAUAUCCGCCCUAUCCAAUGCCUUAGCCUUACAAACCAACGAACCCCCGCAACCAUGGCAACAACGCGAAUCCUCCCUAAAAUUCCUAACCCGCGCCGUCGCCGCCAUGCCGUCCGACGCAGGUUACGCAACCUCAAGCAUCGAGGGACGCGUAGCAGUAGAAUGGUUCGACGCCAGCGCCGAAUCCCAAGCCCGUAAAUACGCAUUUAAAUGCCACCGCACCGCGCAACCCGCCUCCACGACCUCCGAUACCCCCGUCGACGUCGUAUUCCCCGUAAACGCACUCGCCUUCCACCCAGUCCACGGAAGCACAUUCGCAAGCGGAGGCGGCGACGCCACCGUCGCCUUAUGGGAUGCCGAAGCCAAGCGCCGUAUGAAAGUAUACCAAAAAUUCGCGGAUAGCGUGGCAGCGCUCGCAUUUAGCGCCGAUGGAAGGUACCUCGCCGUCGGUGUAUGUCCUGGUUUCGAGACAGGGAUGGAGGAUUAUAACGGUGAAGGACGGACGAAGAUUUUUGUGAGGGAGUUAGGUGAGAAUGAGGCUUUGCCGAAGGGUAAGGGCAAGUAGAGCUAGGCUGAGGGAGGGGGUAGGUGUUAAAGAUGAAUAAUUUAAAUAAAAAGAGAUAAAGCUAUGAAAGAGGAAGAGAAAACAUGGAUGUUGCUGAUUCUGUGUAUCGUCUACCUACAGGUUUUUAAGGACGAGAUAGAACCCAAAGCCGGUUGGCGUUAAUAGGGGAAGGGAUAUUUGAAUUCUACAAAGAUAUUUCCUGCCA